GCCAUGGCUGGAGAUUCUAGGAUCUUCAUGAACCAGGACAUGGACAUCGGAGUCACAUCCAGAGAGCCGAAGAAGAUCCCCAAGCAGGCUCGGGAUGAUGUCCCCAUUGCCACGGACCGAACUCGCCUCAUCUCAGCAGAAGGUAAGAAGCCACGUCAGCGUUACAUGGAGAAGAGUGGCAAGUGCAAUGUGCACCAUGGAAAUGUCCAAGAGACCUAUCGAUACCUCAGCGACCUCUUCACGACGCUGGUGGACCUCAAGUGGCGUUUUAAUCUCCUUGUCUUCACCAUGGUCUAUACCAUCACUUGGUUGUUUUUUGGGUUCAUAUGGUGGCUCAUUGCCUAUAUCCGAGGUGACCUGGACCACCUGGAAGAUGAGAACUGGAUCCCCUGUGUGGAAAACCUCAGUGGAUUUGUUUCUGCAUUUCUGUUUUCUAUUGAAACUGAGACAACGAUUGGGUAUGGCUAUAGGGUCAUCACGGAGAAGUGCCCUGAGGGCAUCAUCCUGCUCCUGAUCCAGGCAAUUCUGGGCUCCAUUGUCAAUGCAUUCAUGGUGGGAUGCAUGUUUGUGAAGAUCAGCCAACCAAAGAAGAGGGCUGAAACCCUCAUGUUUUCGAACAACGCAGUGAUUUCCAUGAGGGAUGAGAAGCUCUGUCUCAUGUUCCGGGUGGGAGACCUCCGCAAUUCCCACAUUGUCGAGGCUUCCAUUAGAGCCAAACUCAUUAAGUCCAAACAGACCAAAGAGGGAGAGUUUAUUCCCCUGAACCAAACAGACAUCAACGUGGGAUUUGACACUGGAGAUGACAGAUUGUUCCUGGUGUCACCUCUCAUCAUUUCCCAUGAAAUCAAUGAGAAAAGUCCCUUCUGGGAGAUGUCUCGCACUCAGCUGGAGAAGGAGGAGUUUGAAAUUGUGGUCAUCCUGGAAGGAAUGGUGGAAGCCACAG